ACCAAACCCAGAUGAAGACUUGUUUCCAUCAGUAUCACCAAUGGACCAGUAUUCUGUGGUGUGUCUGGAGCAGUAGCAAGACAUGAAUAUACAGGUAGAAUAGGACAUUGGACUGCUAGCUUUGUGACUUAAGGGAAGAAAGUAGAAGACAUAGUCCAAAAUUUCUACAACUGUCUUUCUGACACAAUUAUUGGCCCAAAAGUGAGUCUUGCAUCCAGAAUGAUAACUGCUUAUCCAGGUUUGGUGUCCUGUGAUGAGGUAACGUAUCUAAGAUCCAUGCUACCUGCUUACAACUUCAAGAAACUCCCAGAGAAAACGAUGAAAAACAUCUCCAACCCAGGGAACAUAUAUGAAUAUCUUGGCCACAGAAGAUGCAUGUGAGUAUCAUUGUAUGAUAGGUUUACUCUCAUCUCUUCCAGAACAAUAAGUUUUUGAUUACAUGAAAUUAGAAGAAAAGAUGCUGCUAGUAAUGACAUGCUGGAAUAAGACACACAAAAGGUGGGUUUAGUGUCUGAGAGCUUUAGGUUUUAUGUUUAGCUCUUAGCUAGCUCUUCAGCGAAUGUCCUGCUCUCCAACAGGAGGAGAAUAGCAGUAGGUCACUAACCCAGAUCUUCUUUGUUCUUUUUUUCUUCGUGUACUUCACUGUUCAUUUACUUCCCCGAGCCUGGAACAAUCAAUAAUGUUUCCUCUUUACUUCCUCUUCCGCCAGAUUUUUAGAUUUUAAAAACCCUUUUAUUCAGAACUCUGUACCACCUUAAUUAUCUGAAAGUUUUUGCUUAUGAAGACAGCUGUUCCUAAUCUAUUUUUAAUAAAUACAUUUCCCUUUGUUCUUUUUCUCAGAAUGUUUGGAAAAAGACAUUUGGCAAGAAAGAGAAACAAAAAUCACCCUUUGUUGGGUACGUUUUCUUUUUUAACUUAAAUCAUAUUUGUUUCAGCUGUAGAUGGCUAAAUGUGAUUUAAAAAACAAAAUAAUGCAAGACCAAAUGCUUUUAAGUUAUAUUAAAAAAUAGCAACCUUCUUAGUGAAAUUUUGAAGAGAACUUAUUAUUUCUUUUUCAUGUCAAAUAUUCAAAUUUCAGGUGAAAUCCUAUAACUUCCUGAGAAACACCAACAUUUAGUAAUAAUCUUUGUUAAGUCAUAGCUCAGCUAUUGAGAUCAGACCAGCUUAUUGUGGGUCAUCUUUAGAGAAAAAUUCCUCAUCCUUAGAAUAGUGAAAAUAGCACCAAGACUGUGAUCACCCACACUGUAUAUUCCCUAUCUUUAUGUUUAUUUUAGUCUAUACUUAUUAGUCCAUUAUUUUUACAUAGUUGUAACAGAUUUUGAAGACUAAAUUGAUUUUAAGAAAAUUUUUACAAAAAACAUAAGAGGCACUCGUGUCCACAAAGUGCCUAAUUUUUCUGAAUAUUACUACAUAUGCUCUGGAAUAAGCCCUCAAGAUCAGCCUAUGUUAGCUCAGAAUUGAUUUUCUGGAAAGAGAUAUGAAGUCCCAUCAAUGAAUGAGAUUCUUAAAACAAUUCUGGAGGAAAAAGGCCAUUCUGAGAGUUAGCUUUGCAAACUGAUUCAAAUCAAUAGAAUAUCUACUAAGAAGCACAGGAGUGUUAGGUGCUCCCUGUCUCUCUACAGACCGGGAGAAAGAAUUGGAAGCCUUCCAAGUGGCCCAGCAAAAGUGUUUGCAUCAGAAGAAGGGACAAGCAGUUCUGUAUGAAAGUGGAAACGGCUAUGGAAAAAGCCAGCUGUUGGCUGAAAUAAACUUCCUGGCCCAGAAGGAAGGGCAUAGGUAAAGACUCCUGCUUUCUGACUUAGUCAGAGCCUACUUCUCUUGGGGCUUCUUUCCCUUGUUACUGAGACUCUUGUGUCAUUAGAUUCAGCAUUCUUGGACUGGUGAAGCGAGUAACCUAUGUGUGGUACAUGGGACUCUUGAUGACCAUAGUAAUAUUCACCAGGGUGUUGCCAUUGAUGCUGAAGGAAGCAGGUUCCAAGCAGUGCUUCUAUGCCAUCCAGACCCUCAUGGCCAUCUUCUUUGAGAUUGAUAUGUGCCCAGCCUAUUACCGGCAAGAGUACCUACAAAGACAGCUUCAUAGGAUAAUGGAAGAACAACUUCACUGCCUUUUUAAUGACCUCUUAUUUGUGAAGGUAAUGAAGGCGGUGGCUUUCUGAAUUAGAUUACUGUUAUAUUUUGUGGAUAUUCAGACUUAGGAUUGUCUUCUAAUCUAAUAAUCUGAGGAUGUACAUAUAUGUAUAUGGUGGGACCAAGAUUUGAAAUUCCUUCAACACCAAAACUCAGGCUUUCUCCUUUUGAGGAGAAUGAAUUCUAGUAUUGAACCUGACACUUGCUAGUUGUAUGUCCUGGAGCAAAUCACUUAGCCUCUCUGAGUCACAGUUUUUUCAUCUGUGAAAUAACAAUUAUAGUACUCUAUAUGUUUUAAUGUGAAAUUUAAAGGAGAUGGUAUACAAAGAGAUUGCAUUGUAUAUUUUAAAGUGCUAAAUACAUUUAAGGUGACCAUCACCAGUGGCAUAUCCCCAGGAAUUAUAUCCAUGUGUUCUUGAGUUGGUUACAAUUUCUUUUAUAUUUUAAACAUACCUUCCUGUUCCCUUACUGCAGAAUAUAUCAUUUGAAACCAGCAUCUGUAUCUCAAAAGCCUUCAGAGGUCUAGGGUGUAUGGGAUAUCCAGCAGUAAGCAAACUAAAAAUUCACUGGUGCACAAUUUGUUUUAUUUAUCCUCUGUCACUUCUAAUCUACCCACCCUGCAGAGUAUUAUGGAAUAGAAAAUAGAGACACUAAGAUCUGUCUAAUCCUUCAACAUAUCCCUCUCUUAAGGUAGGCCUUGCUUGGGACUCUAAACUCUUGCCUACAUAGAUUAGCAGUCAUCUCACUUUGGCUCUCAGGUCCCUCAUAGUUCGCAUGCCCCAACCUAGCAUAGGAAACAAUGUUAGGUGAUGUCUAUUGCAUCUUGUUCUGGCAAGUCUCAUGUACAGAUUCAUCCUGGUAUACUUCGAAUAACUAAAGUACUGGAGCUGCCCAAAAUGUCAUUGCUAAGUUCAACCUGUCAUUUACUCCUUAGUCAUAACCCUCUAAGGGUUUUUCUAGAGUCUGGUAUGGAAAGGAGAUAGAUACCUGUCUCUAACCCUUCAUGAACUUUCUGUCUCACCUUUUGAACUAUAUAUUAAUGUUAGAUUGGCCCUUGUAACUCUGUGCUCAAUCUUGCAGAAACCCAUUCUCAGCCCAAAUAGAAUUGUUUGGUGUUCCCUUUGGAGAACCUGCAUGUUUUUAUUAGGUUUUCAUUUUAAACGCUAACAUAUAAUAAUUUUCCUGAUCAGUUUCCUUUGUCCUUCAAAGUUUCACACAUGGAUGAUGUGGCCAGACAAAAGAAGGUUAAAGCGUGUUUUAUUAAAGUACUUCAGGAGGUGGGUACUUUCACUACAGAUCAUUAACUCUUAAUAUGUGGAGAUUGUAUAUGUUUAUUUUAAUCUGUCCACAUUGCACUUUGAUUCAGGCAUUUCUUGGCCUGCCUGUCUGUUGAUAUCUUCAUUGUUAUUUAUCUACUUUUAAGCUUGGAUUUACCCUGUAACACAGCAUGGCAUACAAGAAAAGAUCUUUGCUCUUUUCAGAUCCCUGUUUCUAAAUAAAAUUUUAGUAGUUUAAUUUAAAAUAGUUGUUUCUAAAUGCAGUUGUAUAGCUGUUUUACCUACAAUUCAUUAAAAAUGCAGAUACUCAGGUUCUACCCUAGGAUUAUGGAAUCAAAAAUCUGUAUGAGCAGAAACUGAUGUAAUCAUUCUGGAAAGCAAUCUAAAAGUAGUCAAAUUUUAAUAACAUGUAUCUCUAGACCCAGCAAUUCAACUCCUGGCUAUAUAUCCCAACAAGUACAUUUUUAACAGUGUUUGUGGAGGCCAGGGAGGUAUCAGCAUGAAUGCAUGCAUGAAUAUGAUGGAACAAAAUGCAGAAUUUAGAAAUAGGGGAAUGUAUGAAAACAUAGCCAUAUGAACUUAAAAACAGUCCUGGUUAGAAAGAGAGAAAUAAUGGGAUCUGUAAUACAGUUGCAGUUACUUAAAAACAAUGUACUUGACAAAACAACAAUGGACAUUUUGUAAGAACACCAUAGAAACAACUAUGCAAUAAACACAUUAGAAUGGCCACUUGAGGCAGUAGUUUUUUUAAGUCUGUUUGAGUGUGGCUUGGUAAUUGGUAGUGCUGCCAAAUACUCCCAGGUAAUUCUGAUGCAUAGCCUGGUUUGGAAAUUGCUGUUUUAAUGUAUUAUGAGUUCCCACACAAGAUGAAGCUUUUGCCAAAAUGAAAUAUUUGAAAGCUUCAGGUUUGAUUUGGAGAAUAUUUUGAUGCUUAUUUCAUGUUUCAGUUAGAGAAUUUUCUUGUCUACAGAAACCUAGUCCUUUUUUUAGGGAUUCAAUUUUAUAUUUAUAAAGUAAAAUAUUAACCUGGACUUAGUACAUUUUGCUCUGAAAACUCUAACAUGUGUUAACAUUUUAUUUAAAUUAUUGAUGGGAAAUUCACAGUAGAUUUGAAAACCAGGUGACUUUAUUUCUGAUCAGAGGUCGUUAUUGUUUCUUUGCUGUUCUUUCCAGGCAGUGAGGGAAACACCAUUGAUUUUCCUCAUUGAUGAGGCCCAGUAUAUGGAUGCCGCUUCCUGGGAAUUUUUGAAAACAUUGCUCUCCAGUAUGCCCAUCAUCAUGGUGAUGGCAUUGACCCCUAUCUUCACCCUGUGUGGCUGGGCCCAGCAUUUCCUUCAGAGCCUUCAGGCUGUCCUUAUGCCUAUUUCGAAAUUGGCAACAACCUCACUGUUGAGAAUGGCAUGUUGGGAACUAGGGGUGGUGAGCAUCCCCCAAGAGCUGUAGAUGUGAGUGGCUAGGACUAGCUGAGCACUUCAUUAAGGGAGGAGCCAGUGCCAUAGUAUAAGUGAGAAGGCACAGGUCUUCCUGGAAUUGGGGGAGAGAAUGGUAUUAGUAACCAUGAUGAGGCCCCAAGGCUAGAUUUAAGGGAAACAGUCUUCUUGUAAUCAAGUAAGGGGCUGCCUCCCUGGGCUCUCCACCUAGGUUUUCACAAGACAAUUAGGACUUGGGUGGCUUGCUUCAUGUGUCAGUUAUAUGUGAUCAGGCCACUUUCUGCCAGACCCUUUAGCAAGGAGAUGUUUGUUUCUUUCAACAUCAAUAAAAGCAAAAUAGUUGAGAAAGAAAAGUUAUUGCCAAGAUGCAUUUCAAGGCCAAUAAGAAAUUACUUUUUUACAUGUCUGUGCCUCUGCCCCACUCUGUUAGUGUUUGUCAUGAAGAGCUGACUUUAACAAAAGAAGAUUCCUCAGUAUGAAGUACUGUUAUGUUUGGCUCCGCUAAAGUGAUCAUCUGUAAUGUGAAAUCCCUUACCUCCCCGCAGCUACCUUCAGAGGUGCUUUGGAAACCCCCUUUAUUGUGAGGUCCUAUGCCAAGACCUUCUCUGUAAGGACAUAUUGCUCUUUCAUGACCUACAAAAGGAGGAAGAGGAAAACAGCAAGUGGGAAAAUCUCUCAGCCGUUGCCAUGAAAUCCACAAUGUAUAGUAUUUAUCCUGCCAACUCUGAAGAAGGUCAGGAACUUUAUGUCUGCACAGUCAAGGAUGAUGUGAACUUGGAUACAGUGCUUCUCCCACCCUUUUUGAAAGAAAUAGCAGUAAGCCAACUCGAUCAACUGAGCCCAGAGGAACAGCUGCUGGUCAAAUGUGCUGCCAUCAUUGGUCACUCCUUCCAUACAGAUCUGUUGCAGCACCUCCUGCCUGGCUGGGAUAAAAAUAAGCUACUUCAGGUGUUGAGAGCUCUUGUGGAUAUACAUGUGCUCUGCUGGUCUGAGAGGAGCCAAGAGCCUCCGAAUGAGCCCAUAUUAGUGCCUUCCUCUAUCAACAUUACUGAUCAAACCAAAGAGAAGACAAAGUUAGGUGGUGAUUCAGCCUCUCUUCUCGCACUACAAGAAGAAUUAUCCCUACCUCAAACUGAGGUGUUGGAAUUUGGAGUGCCUCUACUACGGGAAGCUGCUUGGGAGCUCUGGCCCAAGGAACAACAGAUAGCUCUGCACCUUGAAUGUGCCUGCUUUCUCCAAGACUUGGCCUGCCGCUGUGGGAGCUGCCAUGGAGGAGACUUUGUCCCUUUUCAUCGUUUUGCAGUUUGUUCUACUAAGAGUUCCAAGGGGACCUCUGGAUUCUGUACAUACAGAGGUGCUGGCUCAGUGCUAACACAAGUGAUCACAGACAAAUUGCAGCUGCCUUCUCCCCAAGAUAGUUUUCAGUUCCAGAUGAAACCAUCCAGAACUCAGGAAGCCUUCUCAAAUGAAUGCUGCAGAACAGAGGAAGAGUUCCUAGAUCAAGUGAAGAGGAAGCUGGCUCAGACCAGCCCUGAGACAGACCUGUUGACCACAAAGCCUUGUCACUGUAAGGAUAUCCUGGAGUUAGUGCUCUCACCCCUCACCCAGCAUUGCUUGGUCAUUGGAGAAACCACCUGUGCAUUUUAUUACCUGCUAGAGGCUGCGGCUGCCUCCUUGGACCUGUCAGAUAGUUACAUGGUGAGCAGGUUCUGCAAUCCACCCUUCAGCUGAGCCUUUUACUGAGCAUUUGAUUGAGAUUUCUUAACAUCAUAACCAUGAGUGAAAAGUGGAAGAAAGUAGGAGAGGGAGAAGAGCUAGAAAGAAGGCAGGAAAAAAAAUGAAGUGGGAAUGUGGUAGCGGAAUAGCACCAACCCAUGUCAGCACUGCCCCCGACUCUUGUACAAGCAGUCCAGCUCCUGUUUCUAGCUUGAAAUCCAAAUUGUAUUCAAAUUCUGAUCUUGACUCUCAUCAUAACCUUACUCCAGCCUUUGCCCUAAUCUCACUCCAGCAUCAUCCUAAUCCUAAUUCAGUUUCUUUAUCCCUUGCCCUGUUUGGAGGCCUUCUUUUAUUUGAGGAAGGCAAGCAGUCUUCUGGGCCAACCCUCAGCAUUUUCAUUUUUGAAAAAACACAAGGCGAAGAUCUGUCAGUUUGAGGAGGCCACUUUCUGCUGUUUUCUGUCAGAGGUGAGGGCAGAGGGUGACCUUGAAGUGCUGGCUAUUUCUCCUUGAGGGUUACCCUAUUAUUUCUUUUAAAAUCGUUUUGUGUUUUUAUGUACGAUUGUAAAUGUGAUAAUGUGAUAAAAGGUUAUACACAUUUAAAAUGUUCAUACACAUUCUCAGCAAACUAACACAAGAAUGGAAAACCAAACACCAUGUGUU